UUCACAAAAAAUCAAUACCAUUGCAGAUUUAAUCAAUACCAAUACAUGCAAAUUAAUACCAUUAUAUGAUAAUCAAUACCAAUGCGACAAAAACAAUACCAAUGCGAAAAAUACUACCAAUACGAAAAAAUCACUACCAAUGCGAAAAAAAUAAGAUCUAGGGUUUUUAUUCAUCCCACCUUUUCCAGCCGCCUGUAGAUAGAUAGAUAGAUAGAUAGAUAGAUAGAUAGAUAGAUAGAUAGAUAGAGAGAGAGAGAGAGAGAGAGAGAGAGAGAGAGAGAGAGAAGGGUGGAGGAGGCAGGGACGAUGGGGGGAGGGGGUGGGGUGGUUAGGGGAGGGGUGGGGACGGCGGGGGGAGGGGGUGGCUUGGGAUGGGGGGGGAGAGGCUGGCGAAGGGGAGGGAUGGGGAGGAAGAGAGGGACGGACAGCCGGGUGUGGAGAGGGAGGGACAGCGGGGGAGAGGAGAGGCGGAGAUGAAGAACAUCUUUCGCUAGAGAGAGAGGAAAGAAGACAUAUAAUUGUUUGUUACGAUUGGGAUAAUUAUUAAAGAUUUGGAAAAUAUAUGGAAAGUUAUAUUUAAAGGAUAGUAAUCCAGUGUGGUUAUUAUUUUUUGUCCAAUUAACCUCAAUCAAUCAUGACCGUCAAUUUAAAAUUUUUGAGAAUGGAGAGUAGAGAUAUAGGUAGCCACGAUGGCUACCAAAAAAAAUGGUAACCAUCCUAACCCAUUCUGUGGGAAGGUCAUUUAAGAAGUUUGGGGAACGGGAGGUGGUAGCAUUCUGGAUAAAGUAAGCACAUGCACACGGAAGCUUGAAGCCUGGAGUAGAGAAACAUUCCCAAACUUUGCGAAACAGAAAACCCGUAUUAGUAAAGCUAUGCGAGCAUUGGAAAGGUUGAAAAAGACACCGGCGAUUAUCCAACAACACAAGAGCUGGAAUAUGAACUUGAAGAGUUGGAAGCAAAUGAAGAUAUCUUUUGGAAGCAAAGAUCGCGUGUUGACUGGUUGAAAGAAGGAGAUAAAAACACAGUUUUUUACCACUGAAAAGCAAUGGCUCGGCAAAAAAGAAAUGCUAUCAAGAAACUGCAGGAUGAGUCAGAACAGUGGUUUAUAGGAACAGAGCAAAUUUUCCCUUGUCUUUACAACUACUUUAUGGAACUGUUUAAGGUAGGACUAAGGCUUAGUGAGACCCCUAUACUCAACUCUAUAAGUCAUAGGGUCUCUAAAGUGGACAACGAGCUAUUGCUAGGAACGAUCGAUGGAGAGGAUAUUUAUGCUUCUUUGAAACAGAUGGGACCUCGAAAGACCCCAGGAGCUGAUGGGCUGAGUGCAUAUUUUUCAGAAGUAUUGGAGAAUUAUGGGUCAAGAAGUCAUUGAUACGGUUAGGCAAAUCGUGAGUACUGGUGUGAUGAUGGGUACUUGAACCACACUAAGACUGCUUUAAUUCCAAAGGUGAAGUCACCCAGAUCACCAAAAGAGUUUAGACCAAUAAACUUGUGUAAUGUGCUCUAUAAAGUGGUAGCCAAAGUGUUUGCCAAUAAACUUAAAGGUCUUCCCAAAAAGCUGAAAAUACAAAAUAAUUCUCCCUUAUUUAUCUUUCCACAAAUAAAAAUACCAAAAUUUCUACUUCUUUCUCCUCCCAUCAAUCAAAAGUACCAAAAUUUCCCCUUCUUUCUUUUCCCCAAAAUCGAAGUGCCAAAAUUUCCCCUUCUGUUGUGUGUUCAAUCCCUAGCUCCGUUGGAAGGCAUGCAUAACUGGACAAUUACCCUGUUUUGAAGUAGCACACCCUCACCACAAGGUCUGGUGGGCUUCGAUCCACAAAACAAGUGGGUGUUUGUUCUUGCACCUCGUGGUUUGGCUCGACAACGAUAUCAUCGAAGGUGUUGAGCAUGGUCUGUGGAGUGUGUUCCUCGUUACAAUUUUUUUUAUAAAAUAAAAUAAAAGUUAAAAGCACCAAAUUUUUCAUUUCUUUUUAAAUAAUCAAAUUUAUGAAAUAAAUUAUUUUACUCUUUUAUAUUUAACUGAUAAUUUUGUCAAAUAGUUAAAUUAACCAUAAUUUAUAAUGAAUAUACACUAUAUUAAUGUUAUAAAUUGUCUCAAUUAUUAAUGAUUUAUUAUCAAUAUGGACAAUAUGUUGAUUUAUAUUUUGUAGUUUUUUGUAGGUUUUUUACAGAAGUUAAUGUUCGAGUGAACUUAAUGUUUGAAUAUUAGAAUUUUUAUUGAAAAUAAAUUAUUUUAAAUGAAUUUCAUAUAAUGAAUUUUCAUUUUACAAAAUGAAAACGUGGUUUACUUAGAUUUAGAACAAAAAACUUCAUUUUGAAAGACUAUAUAUUAUAAUAUAAUAAUUAUUCAGAUCACGUGUUAAUUAUGUUCGGUCAAUCGGGUUUGGGUUACUCAGGUUACAUUUUAAUCGGGUUGCGGGCUAGUCGGGUUGUGUGCUAGUCGGGUUGCGAGUUAAUUGGGUCGGGCAGAUUACGAGUCAUUGAAUUUUAUUUAAUUCGGAUUGCAGUAAGGUUGUAGCCUGUAGGUAGGGAUGGCAAUGGGUAGGGUCGGGUGCGGGUUUACCCUACACCAACUCUUAACCUGCCGGGUAGAGCCUCCUAAAAUACCCGACCAAAUAACCACCAGGUAUGAAAAUGAUGUAACCAUACCCUACCCACCGAGUAACCAUGGGUACGAAUCCUAAAAUAUGAACUUAUACACAUAUAGGCACAUACAUAUUGUUGUCCAUUAAAAAUUCUCAAUACUUGUAACUGUUCUAGCUUCAACAAUCCACACAAAUAAAAACAGCAAACACAUAGUAAUUGUUCUUGCUUCUACAAUCCACACAAACAAAAACACAAUACAUCAUAUUUGUUCUAAUUUCAACAAUCCACACAUAGACAAAAACAACAAAGACAAUAUUAGAACCAGACCAUAUCAUAUGCUCACUGCUUAACUUAUGCUUCACGACAUCCAUCAAGGCAUCAUUAGUAGAACAAUUAUCCAAGGUAAUCGUAGAUACCUUUGUGUCAAUAUCUCAAGCAAGUAAAGUUCAAGAAGAGCCCGAGCAAGCACCUCACUUGUGUGUGGGCAAGGAAAAUCGGCUGCUGGGGAGGGUUAGGGCUAGGGGAAUUGACCCUUUGGUUGGCGGGACGGGUAUAACAGGGCGGGUAUUAUCAAUUACCAUACCCGUACCCUACCUUUUAUUUUGAAACCGGGUAUUACCCGUACCCGCCCUUAACCCGUCAAAGCGGGUAAUUACCCUCGUUGUUUGGUUACGGUCGGGUAAGGUACCCAUGGUUACGGAUUGAAUUGGCAUCCCAAGUUGUAGGUCUGGUUGACAGGCGGGUUACUCGGGCCAGGUUUUGUUGUCAUCUCUAGUUUUUGUUUAAAAAAAAUAUUUUCCCGUAUGAAAUUAUUGGAUCAAGAUUGAAACCACAAAAUCGGUCCAAGUCUAAUGGAUGAUAAUUAAUGAUUUUUUUUUUUUCUUAAUCGGCUUUUAUCUUCUUCGUCCUAUCCUGGAUUUCAACAAUUUUACACAAAUGGAAUGGGUUCGGUGUGAUCUGCAAAUGAUAUCAAUUUCCAAUAAUUUCGUGCAAAAAAAAAAUUUCAUACCACCCAUACGACUUGUUACCAUCUUGAUACCACCUGCUAUCACUUAGUACCACCUUUGUUUUUAAUUCUAAAUUUGAAAAAAAAAAAACUUCUCAUAAGGAACGAGUUCGUCAUGAUCUAUCAUAUCUACAAAUUUAAUUUAUGAGAAAGAAAUUCCGGGACAAAAAAUAUCACCCUAUAUCACAUUGGUACACGUUGAUGGAAGGUCGUAAACAACUAUUAAUAUAUUAUCAUAUCAUGUGUGCAACCAUUUUACACUAUGAUGUACAUGCGUUCAUACCACCAUGAUACACUUAUAUACCAAGCGGUUUAAUCUUAUGUACAUACCAAGCAAUACCCUCUAUAAAUUAAUCCGAUAUGACUUGCGGCACAAUUUCGUAAACCGUGAUUAAUUCCCGCCGGAACUAGCUAUGCGAUCAUAAGAGAUGCCGACAGGAGUGUUGUUUGAGCGUCAAGUGAGACCUCUUCUUUCUCUCCAACUCGCAAAGCAAGAGAAGCUUAUAACUUUGUCCUUAUGGAUGGAGUAUUUUUUGGAGCAUAUAAAUCCAUGCGUACAUAGAAGGGCAACUCCACGAAGAUGAAGUGGUAAUGUGAGGCAGUAGUCCACUCCAGCCCAAGCCUAGGAGAAAUAAGAUAGAUAGAUAGAUAUAGGCGGCCGGCGACAAAUUAAGAUUGGUUGGCUUGGUCGAUCGUUUCAACUUCUGUCGAUCGCCAUUACUGGCAAGGAAGGAACACGCCACCAAAAGACAACAAAUAUUAUUAACCCUCGCCAUCGAACGACGUCUCUAUUUCCCAGCCACAGAUUAAUAGCGACGGCCUCUAAGCUUAGCUUGUCUGCAACCAGCAGCUAAAGAGCACUUCAAAAUGCUAGCUAGCUAGGUUUUAAGUAUUGGUUUAUCAUGUUUUUCUGGUUCACAGACUCCCUCCAUCUCUAUGGAUGAGAUUUGGCAGGCUGAGAGAAAAACCCACAUUCAUCAUCCAUCUACAUUGGUUAAAAAAGCUUUGUCCCACCAUUGUUGUGGCCAUUUUUAGUGCAAUCGACAAGGUGUUGGCUUCCACCACAAUUGGCGCGUUGAACAAAUUAAACCAGAGCUACGAACGGCAAAUACGAAAAGCUUGAUCAAUAAUUUGAUAUUGGUUUAAUUUAGUGUGUAUUAACCUUUUUUUGUGGCACUACAAGAACUUUAAACUCUCCAUUGAGUGUUGGCCUGGAGGGCGAAGGUGUAUGCUUCCCGAUUCUUUUGUUAAUCAAGGUACGGGGAGGAUUAACUCCCUUAAAAAAAUUUCUUAAUCCAAAAAAGAUUAGAAAUGUAUUUAUGUGAAAUGCUCGUUACUUAUAUUUACUAUAAAAUCGAUCUCGUUGUGGAUUAUCUAAGUCUAGUAAGGUUAUCUUUCUCCUUUUUGAUUGUCACAAUAUAGAUUUUCCUAAUACUUGCUUCACUUACUAACUUUUAUAUGAAUUUCUUGAUAUUUUUAAGUUUUAUUUUAUAUUUCAUAUAAGUUAGGUCGUAUUUUCGCUCCAUGUUAAAAAAAAAAAUUUGUAUGUUGUGCGCUUUAUUAAUUGGUGCGUGCCUUUGCUGUUGGCCAAUUGCAUGUCAUCUACGCCAGGGAAUUCCCCACAAUAAUGAUAAAUAUAUUACAAUAAAUACGCAAAAUGGGUAAUAUAUCAAUUUUUGAAACUCAACCAAAUAAUUCUACUCAAUUCCUCUGCCUCCCAGAACACGGCACAUUAAAGACGCACACUUUUGGUUUAAUUUCAUUCCCUUUUUCAAACAUGCUACAACGCCAUUAAUUAAAAUAUAUUAUGUACAGAAUCCCCCCCUGUAUACGGUAUAUAUACGCUCUCUUAAAUACGUACACAUGUGUAUAAGUACAGGAGUACAAUUGUAGCGUCUGCCCUGAUAUACAAAGUUGGUCAUUCCCACGAAUAAAAUAAAACUAAGGAAAAUAGAUAAGUAGAAGAAAAUAAAUAGUAUGCAGUCAAUUUCAUUCUCAGCCGGUUUCUGGGCAGCCGUCUUUUACAAUAUUUAUUUAUUAUUUAUUUAUAGGUGCUCGUGAACUUAUUUCGUCAAUUUAUGUUUGUCACAUGCUUGGAUUUUCUUGCCAACUCUACUCCUUGUUUUGUUUCUUAUUAAUCGUUUGAUCACUUGGAAAUAUUUUAUUCCCCUGCCAAAAUAAGCAACUGACUGAUCAGAACUUGACGUGUGGUUGAAGGAAUGGCCUGGUAUCAAUUCGAGUGGGUAGCUGCUUCAUCUCCCUCAUCCCUAACGUGACAUUUGACAUCAUGAUGAAUUUAUAGAGAAUGGAAGGGAGAUUAGGAGGAUUUUAGAGUGUUGUAGAAGAAAACGGGAAAUAUGGA